AGUCACAUGAUGUCUGGUGGAGGGGAAACCGGGAGAUGGCGACACGGCAACAAGUGGACCUCCGGCCCCAGUUAAAGCCUCAGAAGAAGAAGCAGCUGAACGGAUCGGAUCAUCUGUCCACUACUACGGGCUCUGCACUAUGUCCUCCGCUCACUCUGCACACCUCGGCCGGGUGCUGUGCAUCAUCACCGGGGCCUCCAAAGGCUUCGGCAGGACUGUAGCCAAGGAGAUGUCUGGGUUGGUGAAGCCAGGCUCGGUGCUCGUCCUGGCGGCCCGCUCCGAGGACGACCUGCGGAGUCUGCAGGCGGAGCUGACCGAGUUGGAGGCGGGCAGAGCGGGUCUGAGAGUGGAGAGUGUGGUGGCAGACAUGGCUCAGAUGGAGGGAAUAGAAAACGUCGUCAGAUCAUCUGAAGAAGCUUUUUCUGAACACAUAGAUCACCUGAUACUGGUCAACAAUGCCGCCUCUCUGGGUGAUGUGUCCCGCUCUGUUAAAACUUUCACUGACAUGGCUGAAGUGGACUCCUACUUGUCCCUGAACGUCAGCUCUUCCAUGUGCCUCACUGCCAGGGUGCUUCAGUCCUUUCCACAACGUCCAGGUCUACGCCGCACCAUUGUUAAUGUCACCUCGCUGUGCGCCCUGCAACCUUUCCGUUCCUGGGUGCUGUACUGCACUGGCAAGGCUGCCCGAGAGAUGAUGUUCAGGGUGCUGGCGGAAGAGGAGCCAGACCUCCGGGUGCUCAACUACUCUCCAGGGCCUCUGGACACAGCCAUGCAAAUGGAGGCCAGAACACGAACAGGUGAUGACGGCAUCAGGAAGUCUUUUGUAGACAUGUUUGAUCAGGGCCAACUGCUCACCUGUGAGGCGUCCUGUGCCAAGCUGAUGAAGCUGCUGCUGGAAGACAACUACACAUCAGGAGCUCACAUCGACGUCUACGACGUGUAAACUGUGCACGGGUAGCAUCAGACAUCUAGCUUUUAGUUACAUUGUUUAUACGAGUCUCUUGAUUUUCAUUGAAACUCCACUAAUUCAUGCAUUUUAAUGGAUAGUUACAGAGUGGAAAGUUAGUAGCUGACUAAAACUGCACUCCCACUCUUGUAGAAUGUAGACUGUAGCCUUCUACUGAUAAACUGACCAACCUGACAGGAUCAAAAUAUUACAUUCUAGUCAUAGAGGCAGCCUAUGGGUUUUUUCAGGGCUAAUACAAUUGUUAAUGAUUAAGGAGGCCAAUAACCAAUAGUUAGAGCUGAUAUGCAUUUGCAGGAAAACUGAAAAUCUUGCUGUUAAAAUUUAGAAUAGCACAAACAUAUUUAUAAUAAAAAUAGAACUUUUAAUUACAACAGUGUUGAUCAUUUAUCCUAAACUGUUACAUGUGAUGUAUAAGCAAUCAGACCGAAAAUGCAACAUAUGAACUGUGAAAAUACUCAGUUCUGCACUAGAUAUCAGAGGCCAAAAAGUUGUGACUACAAAUAGAAGCAGUGGAUGCCUCAGAGCCAAAGUAGCACAUUUUAACUGAUUCAAUUCACUAUUAGUUAAAAAAUAACAGGAUGAAUUAUUGACCAAACUGACAAUCAGUCAAUCCUUCUUGAAAACAUUCCUGAAUGAAAGUUUGUUUACUGUAUGACCACAGACAGACAGACUUGGCUAAUAAUGUGAAUACUGGGUGCCCCGGUAGCUCAAAUGACUGAGCAGGCGACCCAUGAACAGGGUCUGUUAUCUCUGACCCAUGGCCAUUUACUGCAGGUCCUUCCCCUUCUCUUCCCCCCACAUUUCCCGUCUCUCUCUCCACUCUCCCCUGCAAUAAAAGCAAAAAAGGCCAAAAAAAAAAGUGAAUCCUGCAUUAUAUAUCAGAAGCAGACUCCAGGUCUAAAAGUGAGUCAAACACAAAGGUGCCUGAAACCUGCAUUCUUUCUAAUGGACAGCAGGGGGCGACUCCUUCAGGUGCAAAAAGAUGUUGGCGUGUGCAUAAGUCUCUCAGAAAAUGAUCCUACUUCUCACUUGAUUUGCUACCUCAGUAAACAGUUCUCUGAGUUUCAGGUCCCAGGUGCUGGUUUUAAGACCUUCUGAAUACAGCAUGAAGUUCAUUUUGUAAAUCAUGGUCCCAUUUAGAGUAAAACAGAUGACAAAAGAGGAUAUUUUUAGGGCAGGGCAUACAAAAAACUUGUCUUCAAGUUAGUCAGAUAAAUCCCUCGUUUGUUACUUUUCAAAAACCAAGAUGGAUGAUGGAAAAAUUUCGAAUUUGAGGGUUCAGAACAGUAGUGCACAAAACAGUGGGUGAGGUCAGUGUUACUACGUCCAUCCUUUAUAUACAACCCAUGUGUUAUAUUGCCACCACCCAGUUGUAUUGGGAGUCAGGCAUGUGAAAGUACCUCAAUACUACAUCUCUUCCCCCCAGUCAUGACUGCAGAAAUUCUGAUUUCAAAUGAUGUCACCCCCACAAGAUGAAAGCAUCCAUUUAAAAGUAAAAGCUUAUUUUGGUGGAGGUGUGAUGUCAUCCAUCUUUGUUUACAGUCUAUGCAACAGGCCAUAUAUACUGAAACCAUUUUUCUGUUCAUAGGUUGUGCCACAAACAUCUUUUAGUGUUUCUGUUGGUUGUUUUUUUUGCCACACAUAAAAAAUAGAGAAACCAUCCAAAUACUGAGUUCUAUAAAGUCUUUAGUUUCAAAAAAUUAAUCAGUUAGUAGUCAUAUGUUGAAUACUUUUGCAUUUUUGAAGUAUUUGUUUUAAAGAUGGCAUUUCCUCAGAGCCAUACCUGGACUUGUGUUGCAUACUUUGAUAGCUCGGAAUAACUGGAAGUACUUUCACCUGACAAGACACCUUUAUAUUAUCUAUAUACAGUGACAUCAAAAAGUAUUUUCCCCCUUCUCAAAUUUUUAUUUUUUUGUAUAUUUUCCACACUGUAAUGUUCAAGUUCAAACAAAUGUGAAUAUCAGAAAAAGAUAACCCAAGUAAACACAAAAUGCAGUUUUUAAAUGAUGAUUUUAUUUGUUAAGGAAAAAAAAUAUUCAAUGCUACCUGGCCCUCUGUGGAAAAAGUAAUUGCCCCCAAACCCUAAUAACUGGUUGGGUCACCCUCACCGGCAACAACUGAAAUCAAGUGUUUUUUAUAACAUCUCUGUGGAGAUAUUUUGACUCGCUCUUCUUUGCAGAAUUGUUUUAAUUCAGCAACAUUGGGAGGUUUUUGAGCAUGAAUGGCCUUUUUGAGGUCAUGCCACAGCAUUUCAGUGGGAUUCAAGCCUGGACUUUGACUAAGCCACUCCAAAAUAUUUGUGCGCUUUGCUUCAUGACCAAACAUUCUCCUUCAAGACUUUCUGGUAGAGAGCAGAAUUCAUGGUUCCAUAAAUCACAGCAAGUCGUCCAGGUCCUGAAGCAGCAAAGCAGCCCCAGACCAUCACACUACCACCAUCAUGUUUGACUGUUGCUAUGAUGUUCUUUUUCUGAAAUGCUCCGUUACUUUUAGGUCAGAUGCAACAAGACACACACCUUCCAAAAAGUUCAACUUUGGUCUUGUCAGUCCAUAGAAUUUUCUCCCAAAAGUUUUGGGGAUCAUUUGUUUGCAAAAGUAAGACAAGCUUUUAUGUUCUUUUUCAUCAGCAGGGUUUUUUGCCUUAGAACUCUGUCAUGGAUGUUUUUUGAAUCAACUGGAGAUAGGCAGUUCUACCUAAGGACACUAAUGCUAGCAUGUCAUUUGAAUAACUGUGUCUCUUGCUUGUGAACAUCUUUCAAACAGCAUUUAGUCUCCCUGUCCUACAGCUGCAACAGCUUUGCUAUUUUUGCCUUAGUUAAAUGGUAGAGCUGCAGACAGGAAAUAGAGGGAGUGAAAAAGGGUUAGGCAUGCAGCAAAGACCCAGGGCAAGAAACAUUACCAUUGGACCAUCAUAAACACUUAAAAGCCUUUUUGAGAUAUCAAAGCUGUAAAACAAAAACUAGAAUAUAAAUGUAAAUGAAAAACCAGAAAAAUACAUAAUAAACCACAACUACAAGUGAAAAUUAUAUUGUAAACCAAAACCAAGGAAUGGCAGUGUUCCAAGCAGAGUUUUGCGGACAAGGAAAGUAGUAGCACAGUUUGACUUUGAAAACAGACAUGUGGACAGAUCUGUUCACUUCAGUGUAAUUGUAUUCAGAACUUCCUACAAAAUUCGUGCUUCAUUAAUGGAAAGUGUGUACAAAUCAUUGCACCUCCAACGACAACUUCAGUUACAACUCUUUUAAUGAUGAAUUAUAAAGAUGUGGAUGAUGGCGAAUCUCUUCCUACAGUUUCUCCUCAUGACAAAACACAAUUUGCUUUCUUAGCACAUAUGCAGUUGGCACGCUUUGGGUCCAUGCAGACCCUUGUAGACUUGGGUGGAUGGUAAAAAUUUCUGUCAUGUGUAGCCUUGAAGGGAUACAGACAUCAAAAGCAUGAAUUGGCCUAAAAUAGCAACAACUACGUGCUCUUUCAUGUGUCUGGAACCAUUUUACCAUUUACUAUUUACCAUUUUGGAAGGGUAUCAUCAAAACUUUCAGCUUCCCUUGUGUUUAGAUAUUCAGGUAAUGUUGUAUGUGUGAUAUAUUUAUUGUUGUCCUGAACCUUUUGUGUCUUAUGUAUGGGACUUCCAGGUGCCUUAUUUGUGAUAUAUGUUAAUUACAUUAAGUAUUUUAUGAAUCUUAGAAGAGGGACCAGGGGUUGAUGCUACAGUCAUGCUAAUCCUGACGAUUAUAGCAUGAAAUGGAAAAAAGGUUUCACAUCUUUUCCACUCAGUUUUUUUAAUCACACAUUCCUCAAUGUAUGAUUCAAUAUUUUUAUGUAAAUGUUUAAUGAGAUUCAUGGCUGUUAUCCAAAUCAGUUGUGUAAACUUGAUGCUGCCCAUGAAAUUAUUAUUAUUAUUAUUAUUUAUUUCUUCUUUCUUAUCUCCUAUUUUGAAUCUUUUUUCAUAUAUGCCUUUUUGUCCACCCUCCACCUUCUUCUUUCACCUGUGGGAAUGAGAGAGAUGUGUGUGUCCUUCCCCUAGUUCCCAGCAAGGGUCGCCAUCUCCUCAUUUACCUUAAUGCCUGCUCAGUGUUGUGUGAACCUGUUGAAUAAACUGUUGAACUUUUA